AUGAGAGAAAUCGUUCACGUUCAGGGCGGCCAAUGCGGCAACCAGAUUGGCGCCAAGUUCUGGGAGGUUAUUUCGGAUGAACACGGCAUAGCCCCGACCGGCACCUACAAGGGUGACAGUGAUCUCCAGCUCGAGCGGAUUUCAGUGUUCUACAACGAAGCCACUGGCGGGCGCUACGUGCCCAGGGCCGUCCUCAUGGACUUGGAGCCCGGCACAAUGGACUCUGUGCGAUCGGGGCCUUUCGGGCAGCUGUUUCGCCCCGACAACUUCGUGUUUGGCCAGACCGGCGCGGGCAACAACUGGGCGAAGGGGCACUACACUGAGGGCGCGGAGCUGAUCGACUCCGUGCUGGACGUGGUGCGGAAGGAGGCGGAGGGCUGUGACUGUCUGCAGGGCUUUCAAGUCACGCACUCGCUGGGAGGCGGCACGGGAAGCGGCAUGGGAACGCUGCUAAUCAGCAAAGUCCGCGAAGAAUACCCCGACAGGAUUAUGGAAACGUUUUCUGUGUUUCCGUCGCCGAAGGUGUCGGACACGGUGGUGGAGCCGUACAACGCGACGCUGUCUGUACACCAGCUGGUGGAGAACGCGGACGAAGUGCAAGUGAUCGACAACGAAGCGCUUUACGACAUUUGUUUCCGCACUUUGAAGCUGACGACUCCGACUUACGGCGACUUGAACCACCUGGUCAGCGCCGCCAUGUCGGGGGUCACUUGUUCGCUGCGCUUCCCGGGCCAGUUGAACUCCGACUUGCGGAAGCUGGCCGUGAACUUGGUGCCUUUCCCUCGCCUGCACUUCUUCUUAAUUGGCUUUGCGCCGCUCACCAGCCGCGGCUCGCAGCAGUACCGAGCCUUGACUGUGCCCGAACUCACGCAGCAAAUGUUCGACGCCAAAAACAUGAUGUGCGCCUCCGACCCGCGCCACGGCCGUUACUUGACGGCCUGCGCGCUGUUCCGCGGCCGCAUGAGCACUAAGGAAGUUGAUGAACAAAUGUUGAAUGUGCAAAACAAGAACUCCUCUUACUUCGUGGAGUGGAUUCCCAACAACAUGAAGUCCGGGGUCUGCGACAUCCCGCCCAAGGGCCUCAAAAUGUCCGUCACCUUCGUCGGAAACUCAACCGCCAUUCAGGAAAUGUUCAAACGCGUCUCCGACCAGUUCACCGCCAUGUUCAGGCGCAAGGCUUUCCUCCACUGGUACACUGGAGAGGGUAUGGACGAAAUGGAGUUCACCGAAGCCGAGUCCAACAUGAACGACCUGGUGUCUGAAUACCAGCAGUACCAGGAUGCAACUGCCGAGGAGGAAGGCGAGUUCGACGAGGAAGAGGGGGUCAUGGACGCAGAGGGCGCAGCGUAA